AUGGGUAACGUAAGGCUCUCCCUGUAUAUUUGGCCUUUGCUCUGGCUUACCACAGGGUAUCAGGGAGCCAAAGCUGCCUCUAAGCGGGACCGCAAUGCCAAAGACACCAAAGGUACUGCAAAGUCGCAGCUGAAAGUGAACGAAGCUGCCAAGGACAUCAUAUGCAUCACUUGCAGGCAGACCUUCCUCAAGACUACGCGUGCUCCGGCUCUGACUGAGCAUGCCUCAAAUAAGCACAACAAGACGCUUCAGGAUUGUUUUCCUGGCUUUGUAGAAGCCCCUAAGAAAUGA